AUGCAGUUCAAUGACUAUAUGAAGUAUCUUGACAAGGGCUGCGGCAUUGCCUUUGCCCCACGAUAUCAAUGGACGGGACGACCAGCAAUUAAAUCGAAUCACAAGUGCUUUAAGAAGGGUAUUUUUCUGCUCGGGGCCGUUUUAUUGGGCUACCAGAAUAUUGGAGUGAUUAUCUAUUGGUAUAUAUACGGCCGAACGGUAAAGGAUACGAAAUCGUUCGUUGCGGAACUAUCAGAGAUGUGUGGCUACCUCAUGCUCACUUUUGUGGGAAUUGGUAACAUAUUGACAUUCACGCUGAAUCGUCCACAAAUCGAAGUGGCGUUCAAGAAUCUACAAGAUCUAUAUCCCAGACCUGGUCAAAGGCACUAUCGCUGCCAACACUACUUUGAUCUACCACUAUUUCUAAUGAAGCUCCAGUACUGGUUUUAUGUGAUGUUUUUGGUGUAUUACAACGGAUUUCCCAUCUUGCUGCUUGUUUGGGAAUAUCUGACGGAGGCGAAAACCCUGAGUUACAGGGCGCAAACCAAGGCGUGGUAUCCGUGGAAGAUUUAUGGCUCCGCCAUCGGAUAUAGUGCAUCUCUCUGUUGCCAAGCCCUGGGCUGUUUAAUAGGCGUUGGCAUGAGCUUGGCUGCCUUAAAUAUAGUCAGCGUAUUUACCUUCCAGUUGAAGCUGCACUACGACGCCAUGGCGAGCCAGUUACUAAGUCUCGAUUCGCGUCAUCCCAAGGCCCACAAGAAGUUAAAAUCUCUGAUCGCCUAUCAUUGCCGGAUUCUCCAGCUCGGCGAGCAAUUCAAUCACAUCCUUAACUUCUACUUUGUGGCAACUUUAAUUGGUUCCACAAUUGCAAUUUGCAUGACGAGUGUGGCAGUGCUUCUGCUGGAUUUGGCAUCUGCCUUUAAGGCUAUCCUUGGUAUAGUGGCCUUUGUCUUAUACCAUUUUGUCAUCUGCUACAUGGGCACCGAGGUCAACUUGGCGUUGGUGGGUCGCAAGGCAGAGGGCACGGCCGGUUUCGUGGCGGAGAUAUCGGAGGCUGCCGGAGCCAUGAUGCUCACCUCCAUUGGAAUCUGUAAUAUCUGGGCCCUCACUUACUACCGUACUGAGAUCGAGGAAGUACUCACAGAGCUGAAGGAGCUUUAUCCAAGACCCAAGGAGAUGCAUUAUCGGCAGCAGCACUAUUUCGAGUUGGCUAAUCGCUUCAUGAAGUACGAGUUUAUAUUUUAUUGGGCCUUCUGCGACCACCCAUCUGUUCUGUGA